AUGGCGGCCAUUCUGCGUUGGGCGAGGAAGUACGCUAGGAGAGCUCCGUCUCCGCCGAUUCGUUUCCAGAACACCAACUAUGAGGUUGUCGGUGCCGCUCAGAAACUGGAAGAGGAAGCCUUUGAGGACUACGCAACAGGGAAGUACUACCCUGUUGUCAUAGGAGAUGUGUUUGCUUCAAGAUAUCAGGUUGUUGGCAAGCUUGGGUUCGGAGUCUCGUCGACGGUCUGGUUAGCGCGUGACUUGGAGGGCUCCUCAUCCCACAUUGGCAAGCGCUUUGUUAGAACGGCGUUGAAUUCUUUCACGAUACCCAGACCUGGAGGUGAUCACCGCUGCCUUGUCCACACACCGCUUUGGGGCAGCUUAAGAGACAUGCUCGCCCGGAACCCCUACCGCGAUAGGUUUACAGAGGAGCUACUCAGAGCUACCCUCUAUCGUCUGUUUGAGGCACUUGAUUACCUUCACACAGACAGGAAGGUUGUUCAUACAGACAUCAGCGCCACCAACGUCUUGUUGGAGAUUGACGACAGGACCGUACUUAGCAACUUUGUCGACCAGGAGCUAGCACAUCCGUCACCUCGUAAGCAGGUUGAAGGCACCGUAGUGUAUGCCACACGCCUCUUCGGAUGGCCCCCUGGGGGCGAACCUGUUCUUUGCGAUUUCGGGUCCGCAGAACGGGGAGACGCCGAGAACACGCGGAACGCUGGGCCGGAUGUGUACAGGGCGCCGGAAGUCAUGUUGAAAAUGAGAUGGAGUUACAGUAUCGACAUUUGGAAUGUUGGUGUUCUGAGCUGGGACUUGUUCGAAGGGAGGACGCUGUUCUCUGGACAAGAUCCUGACGGUAAAGGCUACUCGACUCGCGCUCAUCUCGCAGAAAUAAUUGCCUUGCUAGGGCCGCCGCCUACAGAUUUUGUCAAACGUGGCGAAAGAAGCCCGGAGUUCUUCAAUGACGAUGGGAGUUGGCGGGCAGAUAUGCCCAUCCCGGCUCCGAUCAGCCUGGAGCAGUUGGAAGAAAACCUCGAAGGGAGAAGAAAAGAGCUGUUUCUGAAGUUCAUAAGGUCCAUGCUGCAGUGGGCACCAGAGCACAGGAAGACAGCGAAAGAGCUUCUCGACGACCCGUGGUUAAACGACAAGAUUGAUUGA